AUUCAACUUUACAGAACUUUUUGACAUGCUCUAAUUCAACUUCGUAUAUCCCCUGAAUAUAUCAAAAAUCUAGCCAUUUGACAAGCUUUGCAAUUAAUUUCGAAUAUCUGCCCGAGCAAAACCGACUGCAAUGCUGCCUUGCACGAUGUGUAUAAACCAAUGGGGCUUUCGACUGACAAUUCUCAACGUCUAAUUGAAAAUUAACAAGUUAUCCUGGUUUAUAUUUUCAUAACAUACCCCAGAUAUUGUUCAUCUCCACGAUUAUGCACGAUGGUCCGAAUGUUACACGGCAUCUCCACCAGCUUUUUGUGGCCGACCUCUUUACUUCGUUUUCCUGGUUCAUAUCACGGGUAUUAAGACUCCCUUUGCCGGCGUUCUUCCUCGGUUAAGUACUUCCCCUCAGGGAACUCGGGAUGUCCUCCGUGGUUAGUACGUGAUUGACGGACGUUGGAUCAACUCAAGCCCUUUGGAUUUUCUGCUUCGUUUGGUACCCGAUCGUCAACUUGGCAACAGUUGAAAUGGCAGAACUUCCCCCCUUUGCCAUGUCGGAGAAAGAUAAUCAAACACUCCACUCAUGAGCACAGCAUACCCCUACAGAUAAGGCAUCUCAGACCGGACACAACAUGGAUCAUCCUCCUGAAAAAUAACGCACACAUCCACUUCAUUAUCGUCAUAGCUGUCGCUAUUGUCGCUAUUGUCGCUGUUGUCGCUUUCUCUCCGGCGGUUAGAGCAAAACAAUAUCACGUGAUAUUAUGUUUGUUUCAUGCUCCGGCCAAUCAGCUCGCGUCUACCAUUGGCUUCCCGCCAUGUUUGAGACGCAGCAAGCAACGUAAAAGCUAAAGAUAAAAUCGAUAUCAAGAACGGACAUCCAACCAUUUGCCGCCGACCAUCUCGACUUCAUGCAACUCCAGGCCAGAUGGAGGCCUACCUAUAUAUAUCAGCCAGUAAUACUGACGGCAUUUACACCCUAGCCUGGACUCAGACAAUACCCAAGGACAAGAACCCCUUGUUUUUAAGGGGGAAUGAAAAUAUCUACAUGUUUCCAGGAGAUGCUGUUUACCUAGGCGCUUCGCGAUGGAACAUACCUUCUUCUUCGUUUGCUGGCCUGGUUAGGGUGUUUAUACUUAAACCCGGCAAAUCCUUUCUCUCUUCAUCAUUUCUCGUACCUGUAUAUUCGCCACUUUUCAUUUUGAUAGCAUCUUCAAGACUUUGUCUGGGACAAAGCGCCUCGUUCAUUAUAGUCUUAUCGUUUGAUUUGCUUAAUCAAAUAGAAGGAUCUACAAUAGAUCUUACUUCUGCCAUUCCUUUUUCUAUAUCACUUGCUACUUCUUUUUGCAGGCCCCUUUGACGGCUGACUUCCAAGAUGCUCAACCUACGCUUUAUCCUGGGCAUAAUAUCUCUCGUCCUAUCGUCUCAUGUUGCUUCCAGUCCGAUUCAUCGUCCUUGGCGAGCUGAGCUCUUUAAUCGAGGCCUAUACUCGACACAUACACAAAAUUCAGCCGUCAUGACUCUCACAGUUACCCCGACCGUUGCUGGCUCGACUGUCCCUGUUACGAUAUGUGUGGAUCUACGAAAAGCUGGCAGUACCGGUACCGCUUCAAUAGUUCCAUGCCCGAUGCUCACCUACUCGAGUAGGGCUGCGGACACUACUACCUCUGCGCCUGCUACCUCAAGCACAUCGACUUUAAAAAACGGAGAAGUUCCUGCAAUUGGAGUGGGGACGGGGAAUCCUCCUGUUUCCUACCUAUAUUCCUCGUCCUGGUACUACUUCCCAACCAUGGCACCGACCACCAGUUCUCACAGCCCGUCCAAUUCUGGCCCGUCUUUUGCUAUUCCACCAUCUACCACCCAGCCAACAACGUCAACGACUUCACCAAGCAGCACUGGGACUUCACCUAUUUCUACGGUGGCCCCUUCAGACAUUACAACAACUAGCAGUCUUCCAAUCAAAGUCACCAGCCUGCCAGUGUCCAGCAGCACCUUAGUACAGGGAACAACUUCACUUCUUUCAAAGUCUACAUCCGAUUCUCAACAAUCCCGGCCCACUACAGUCUUUAAUACAACUAAAAAAACAGUGUAUCUGCCGCCAACAAGCACAAAGCUCACUUCGAGUUAUACUACUGUCCCAAACACCACAUCUGCUACAUACCCUGGCUGGAAUUCUACUCUUCCGUCCUUCAGUACUAUUACGCAAUCAAUAACAUCGACCAUGAUAACUUCAGGCUUCUCUUCAACCUCUUUCACUCCUUCAGCUACCACUAGUUUGCCUUCAUUAACUUCAACCAUUCAGUUGACCACUAAGUCCUCUGCUACUACCGCCCUAUCAACAAGUAGCCCAUUGGUCACUUUUACCACCGAGCCUGCUACAGAAUCGCCAACUAUGACAUACCCAUCAUUUAGCAACACCCUACCCUCCUUCACGACAGUCUCGUCAGAGUUAUCAACUUCGCAGAUAGUGACUUCUACUUAUGCUCCUGCCCCUUCGCCAACGGAAGCCCCCACUACUUCCUCAAAUCCUCUCGUUGUAAUUCCAGUCACGGACGAGAUCCCAGCCCCGAGUGGCAUUGAAAUCAUACCAAUAGAGCCCUAA